CCGGGACAGCUCAGUGUUGCCUCUGGCUCUGCUGCCGAACACACACGGAUGGACUACCUGUGAAGAGCAGCCACCACUCAGACUGAAGGAAAACCCCUCAAGAGGCCCCGCUGUCCUGCGAGCACCGAUGGAUCCAAACUGCUUCGCCCGCCUGCUGCUCCUGUGCGCCCUCAAUAAGCUGCUCGUGGUGGCGAGCCCUGAAGACGCGCACCAGGAGCACCUGGACCAUCGGGGGGAACACAAAGUGACGCGGAACCGAAUCGCCACGGCCCAGUAUGAGUGUUUCCAGAGGAUUGUGAGGGAAUCUCAGCGCGAAACAACAAAAACGACAGGCGGGUCAGUGUGUAACACAACGUGGGACGGCUGGCUGUGCUGGCACGAAACCGAACCCGGAUCAAAAGAGCAGAGCUGUCCGGACUACUACAAUGAUUUCGAUCCUCAUGCGAUGGCAUCCAAAGUGUGCUCGGAGACGGGCGAGUGGGGACGCCACCCAAUGAGCAAGAGGACGUGGACAAACUUCACAAAUUGCCAAAACUACUCAAUACACCACGGGACAGAUGCGAUGACUCACUACUACUUGGUCAUGAUUGGUCACGGCCUGUCGCUGGUCUCGCUGUUCAUAUCGUUGGGAAUAUUCUUCCAUUUUAAGAGCCUGAGCUGCCAGAGGAUAACGCUCCACAAGAACCUCUUCCUCUCCUUCGUGCUGAACUCCGUCAUCACCGUCGUCUGGCUCACGACCGUGAUGAAGAAACAGGGGCACACCAACAACGACUCUGCGAGCUGCAAGCUGCUCAUGUUCAUCCACCUGUAUCUGUUGAGCUGCAACUACUUCUGGAUGCUGUGCGAGGGCAUCUACCUGCACACGCUGAUCGUUGUGGCAGUGUUUGCAGAAAAGCAGCACCUCAUGUGGUACUACCUGCUGGGCUGGGGUUUCCCGAUGGUGCCGGCGGUGAUCCAUUCGGUGGCGCGUCAGUGCUACUACAACGACAAAUGUUGGGUCAGCUCGAACACCUCCCUGCUGUACAUUAUCCACGGGCCCAUCUGCGCCGCACUGGUGGUGAAUCUUUUCUUCCUGCUGAACAUCAUCCGGGUUCUCAUCACCAAGCUGAGGGUCACGCACCAGGCCGAGUCCAGCCUCUACAUGAGGGCCGUGAGAGCCACCCUCAUCCUCAUCCCCUUGCUCGGCAUCCAGUUCGUCCUCAUCCCCUACAAGCCCCAGCACCGCUGGGUCGUCGAGAUCUACCAGUACGUCAUGGAAAUCCUCAUGCACUUCCAGGGUCUCUUGGUUUCCACAAUAUUCUGCUUCUUCAACGGGGAGGUCCAGAGCGUCCUGCGCCGACAUUGGAACCAGCAGCGCAUGCAGUUCGCCGGCACGUUCGCCAACGGCGGCUUCCUGCGCUCGGCCUCCUUCGUGGCGACGUCGCUCACCGAGGUGCACCGCUGCUACAGCAUCGACAGCCACAGCGAGCACAUGAACGGCAAGAGCUACCCGGACAUAUUCGGGUCGGAGAGCCCGUUCGUGUGAAGGGUCACUGUUUCUCUGACUGGUGACCGAGAGAAGUUACGAAGAUCGACGGGCGUACAAACUUUUCACUUUCACGCAAACGUUUUUUUUUUUCUUUUUUUAAAUCACAAAUAUUGCCACAACAGAAAAGAGCUCGAGACCCAACACGGUGUUUCUUGCUCAUUAUUUACAUGCCACCAAUGGAAAGGACACAGAGCAGAUGUGAAGGAGACCCCGACUCCACUGGCCUCCAAGCGUUGACACGAGGAACAAAUGCUUUUUGCAUCACGUGGAAUAAACUUGAACAAGAAGCCGUUCCGUUGAGCUGACUUUCGACCAGAGAGAUUUUCUCCUGAAGCGAUCGAGGAGAUUGAUGCAAGUUAGCGGCGGGUGAACAAAAACCCUGCUGAACUAUUUCCAAAAUCCUUGGUUCACGGUUAAUUAACUGCUAACUUUUCCGAAGCAAGAAGCUGGAGUUGGUCUUUAAGGAACACAACAUUACAAGAAAAGCAAGAUUCUUGGUGUUUGUACUAUAUAAAAGUAGUAUAUUUUAGUAUAAAAAAGCGUAAACACUAAAGAGAAGCCAUAAAUGCACAGCUUGCUUUGCUGAAGCUCAUUCCUAUCAUGACUUGUUAUUUAAAGGCCUGCAACUCUGAAAUAUAUGGAGAAUCUUUCAUGGAUAUAAUAAAGUUAAGUUAAUGUGACUUUGUGUCAUCCAGUCACAGCUGCGAGGAUCCCGCUCUUAUUGCCUCACAACAUGUGCGUUCGUAUGAACUGCUGUGAAGAUGAUUCGGAGAGUUAUUUCCAGGCACUAAAUAUGCAGCCUUCAGCGUACUCCUCAAACACAUGCUGGAAUAUUACCUAUGUUUAAAAAAAAAGCCUAAAACUGCAGCUGGUUUUUAAUUGUUGACAGUGAUUAGAGGUUAAUUGUUUUUAGGAAAGGAGAAACUGACUCCUGUUGAAUCACCAAUGGGAUAAAAGUUUGUUACCUUCAGUUGGAAAUAUGAGUUGGAGAGCUGCUGGUUUCAGCCUUCCAGACGUGUAUUAAUGAGGAGUUGGAUGGGAGGAAUGAAAUGUACUUUAUAACGUGAGACCGUUUGAUCAGCUUAGCAUAAAGACUUGAAAAUGUACUCUCUUCAGAAAUGUCAAACUAUUUCUUUAAUGUGCAGCUCUCAGCUCUUCAUGGCAACUUGUUAAAACGUUUCUAUGGGUUUCUUUGUCUGUUCCAAUCCCAGAAUGUAUGUAUGCUAUUCAUUAUGCUGUAUGAGUACUGUAAUAAUAUACAAGUGAUGAUUUCCAAAAUAUCAAAACAAAUUGAUUUAAAGGAAACUCCAAAGUGGUUUUAUAUAUAUGCGUGAUGUUAAAGUGUUCUUCUAUAUAAAAAUAUCAUAAAAAGUAUUACUUUAGUCAAAGUCUGAAUCUUAGUAAAAGAAAACAUUUUGUAAAUAAAUGUAAAUAAAGGCAAUGUGUUUUAAACUGA